CCACGGGACAGAUCAUACAUCCUGUAUCUACUACGAAGACAUUCAGGUCAAGCUGUAUUAAGCACCUUGUGUUCGCGCCGCACAGCCGGCAGCGAGAUCGAAAGCUUCCAAGAUGUCUUCUCUCCAACCAUAUGUCAACAAGAAGGUCUUGGUGUUGACCAGCGAUUCGAGAACGCUUGUGGGCACGUUGCUCUCUUGUGAUCAAAUGACAAACCUGGUACUGUCGCAAACUGUCGAGCGUAUCAUACGACCACCAGAUGAUCCGGAGCCUUCUAGCGAAGUACCUCAUGGGCUUUAUCUGAUUCGGGGAGACAACGUUGCGGUCGUCGGUUUGGUGGAUGAGGAGCUGGAUGACAGUAUCGAUUGGUUACAGGUCAGGGGAGCUGUUGUAGGGGGUGUCAAGCAUUCAUGAUGGAAACAUUUAAGGAUAGUUGACUACAAGAUCAUGAGAAUCUGAGUGCCACGCUGGUGGAGAUGAAGGAAAUGUCAGAGUGGUUGCAUAUAUGGCGUUCUGGGACAAUGAGGAAUUCAUCUUGACAGACUUUUUCAGAUGCAGAAAUGAGCCAAAGAGCUUUUUUUCCAACACAAGUGAUAUCAAUGACAGG